ACACUAGUCACACAUUUAGCCUCAGUUGCCGGUCAGCUCUUUAAGUAGAAAGACAUACGUCGCUUAAUCGAUUAAUCAUACAUUGAAUUAGUUUAAAAAAAUAAAAGUUAUGUGAUUAAAUGACUAGCAUUAAUCGCAUGCUACUUAGAUUAUCGUUUCAACUCAAUCAAGUUUAUAGAAAAUAACCUUUGGAAGUGCCAAAAAGAACAAGAGCAACAAAUCAACAACAACAAAGGGUCGACCAAAGUUCAGAGAGGCGCAAUGGGAACAUUAUCAUUGAGCGACUAUGAAGAUGUCCGCAUUUGGGCGCCUUGGGGUCACAUUUCGGGUCGUUGGUACGGCAAUCGAACGGAGCGACCUAUUUUGGCCAUACACGGUUGGCUCGACAAUCUGGGAAGCUUUGAUACAUUGAUACCGCUGUUGCCGGAUUACCUGGGAGUGCUCUGCAUCGAUCUGCCUGGACAUGGAUGCUCCUCUCGACUGCCGCCAGGGAUGCACUACAGUGUGGCCGACUAUGUGCUGAUCAUAGCCCGCGUAAUGAAGGAGUACAAAUGGUCGAAGGUCUCCCUGAUGGGUCACUCCUUGGGCGGUGUCUUGAGCUACAUUUACACUGCACUCGCACCUCACACCGUGGACAUGGUCAUCGCCUUGGACAUUGUGCUGCCUCCGUUGGAGUCACCCGAAUUAUUAUCCUCUUGGUCCCCCUUUUUCGACAAGCAUCUGGUGGAGGAGGAGCGCUCGGAGCAGCUGGAAAUGCACGAACCACCCUCCUACACCCUCGCCCAGCUGCGCAGUGUGCUCAGCAAGGGAACCUACGAGUCGGUGCCUCCAGAAUCAGCUCAUCAUCUGCUGUAUCGCAGUGUGACCAAGUCUCAGCUGUAUCCGGAUAGAUAUUACUUCUCCAAAGACGGUCGCGUCAAGUAUUAUGUCAUAUUCCCCAUGUAUCCGCAAAUUGCUGCCGAACUGGCGCGACGUAUUAAGCGGAAACCCUAUUUAGUAAUCAAAGGCUCCAGAUCCUUUUAUAUCAACUCCACGUCCGAAGAGGUCAUCUCCAUUUUGAGAAGCCAGAAUCCGCAUUUCGAGUACCACGAAGUGUCAGGUGCUCAUCACGUCCAUCUCACGAAUCCCACCGAGGUGGCCAAGCAUAUAGUUCGCUUUCUGAGACACCACCGUCCUCCCCCCGUGGCAAGUUGGUCGCUGGCCGGCGAGGAGGCAACCCUGAGCAAAAAGGAGAGACGCAAGGCACAGGAACGUUUCUUUUCCUGGAACCUCAAGCGACGCAGCAAAUUGUAAAGCGAAAAUGGAGAGGGGAAAAGCUUAAAACGUAUUAAUUAACGCAGGAAAAA